AUGUCUGGAGCUUGUCGAUGGGAAGAGAUGCAGGAGAUGACUGCGCUGGAGCAUCAAAUCAAGAGACUCGGCAUAGGAAAAAGCACUUCCCAUGGCGACUUCCACAGAAACCAACGCGGUGUACCAAGGGAUGGUGGGGUUCAGAGAGCCAACAGUCGGCCACCAAUAUCGCGUCUUUUCUGGGUCUUAGACUCCUUCUUCCCUUGGUUCAUCUCGCGAUUGCCUCAGCGAUAUCUGUUGCUUGCUUUGCCUAUCGAGACAUAA